AGGUCAAAUUGGUCCUUCGAGGUUUCUCUUGUCUACGGGCCAGCCUUUUCUUUGCUUUAUUUUAAACUUUAAUAGAAAUUGCUGACUGAGUAAGUAAGUCAUUCGUGUCUAGUAUGUCGUCUGAUAAACCGAUCGGACCUGCUGUACCCCGGAUGUUUAGAACGGAAGAGAGCGAUGAAGACUCUGAUAGUGAUGAUGGAUUCUCUGGCCCUGCUUUGCCUCCCGGCUUUAAACGGGGAGAACCGUCGAGCUCCUCGGAUGACAGUGAGCAGGAGGUGUCGACCAAACGAGCGAAAACCGAACACACAGCUGCAGAAAAGGUGGAGAAGACAAAGGGACCAGAAACAGACGAUGAUGGUUAUUUCGGACCAGCCUUACCACCAGGAUUCAAGAAACAACAGAGUUCACCAGAAAGGCCACCUGUGCUGGGACCAGCUUUGCCUCCUGGGUUCCGCAGAGCAGCAUAUGAAAACGAUGAUGACGAUGGUGAAGAUGGAGAGGAUUUCCCAGGGCCUGCCCUUCCCCCUGGCUACCAGGCGGAGUCCUCCAGCAGCGAGGACGAGGACGUGAUUGGACCCAUGCCGCCCACAGGGCCUAUUGAAGACUCUGUGGCUCUGGACUUUGAGCGCAGAGCACGCAGGAUGAAAGACAAGCUGACAGGGGAUGACACUCCUGAGGUGGUGUCCAGAGAAACGUGGAUGACCGAGCUCCCACCGGAGCUGCAGCACAUCGGCUUGGGGGCUCGGACCUUCAAGAAGAAGUCGGGUCCAGAGAGCAAGGAUCGCUCUAUGUGGACGGAUACGCCAGCAGACAGAGAGCGCAAGAUUGUGGUAUUUAUUGCAAAAUAACUUAUCCUUAUAUAUUAAACAUUUUGUAGUUUAUAUAUUAUAUUUGUUUGUUUUUGGGGGCGACCGUGGCUUACUGGGUAGAGAGGGUUGUCCGCCAACUGAAAGGUCACCGGUUCUUUCCUCGGCUGCACCGUGUCCUGUGUCGAAGUGUCCCUGAGCAAGACACUGUACCCCUAACUGCUCCCCAGGCGCCUGUCAUUGGCA